UCACGUUUUUCCCAUUUGUCCGUGUUUGUCAUCUUCUUUCUCUCUCUCUCUCUCUCUUCGAAUCGAAACCCUAGCAAAUCCGAUUUUGUCUCUGAGAUUGAAAUUUCUCCUUUUUAAUGGCGUAAUUCUACACCAAUUUCAUCAAAUUGAGAUCAAUUUCUGAGAAUUCGAAGAAGAAAGAAGAAAUGUCAACAGAGACUACGGCGAACAAUUCCUCACCGUUUCCGCCGGCGUCAUCUCGCCGUCAUUCUUCCGAUAUGAUCGAUGAGACGCCUUUGAUUAUUAACGGAGGUGAUAACGACGGAGGUGGACGGCGAUCAGUGAGGAGACAAGGGCUGAGAGAAGCGGCGAGGCUACUAAGACAUGCAAGUAGCGGGAGGAUGAUGAUGAGAGAGCCGUCGAUGCUUGUUCGUGAAUCAGCGGCGGAGCAGCUCGAGGAGAGGCAAAGCGAUUGGGCUUACUCGAAGCCUGUGGUGGUUCUGGAUUUCGUUUGGAACCUUGCUUUCGUCGCCGUUGCUACAGCUGUUCUUGUGCUUAGUAGCGAUGAGAAGCCGAAUAUGCCACUUAGGGUUUGGAUUAUUGGAUAUGGGUUGCAAUGCAUGAUGCAUAUGUUAUGUGUUUGUGUGGAGUAUCGUAAGAGGAAUAGAAGAAGAAGUAAUAGGAGUCCAAGAUCUCGUUCUUCUUCUUCAAUGGAGGAAGAAGUGGGUUUGGGUUUGGAACUAGGGCAAUUAGAGAGUGAAAGCAACAGCAGUUUUGCUAAGCAUCUGGAAUCUGCAAACACGAUGUUUUCAUUUAUAUGGUGGAUCAUUGGAUUCUACUGGGUAUCUUCUGGUGGCCAAGAGUUAGCACAAGGAUCUCCUCAGCUUUAUUGGUUGUGUAUAGUUUUUCUCGGUUUCGAUGUGUUCUUUGUGGUUUUCUGCGUUGCUUUGGCUUGUGUUAUCGGCAUUGCUGUUUGCUGCUGCUUGCCUUGCAUCAUUGCAGUUCUAUAUGCCGUAGCAGAACAGGAAGGAGCUUCUAAAGAAGACAUUGACCAACUUACUAAAUUCAAAUUCCGAAAGGUUGGUGAUUCUGAAAAACAGAGUUUUGAUGAAGAACAAGCACAAGGAGAUUCAGGAGGAGUGAUGACUGAAUGUGGCACAGAUUCACCCGUCGAGCAUACUCUUCCUCAUGAGGAUGCAGAAUGUUGCAUUUGUCUCUCGGCGUAUGAAGACGAGACAGAGUUACGAGAACUUCCUUGUGGCCAUCAUUUCCAUUGCGGUUGUGUGGACAAAUGGCUUUACAUAAACGCUACGUGUCCUCUCUGCAAAUACAACAUACUCAAGAGCAGCAACUAUGAAGAUGGCGAGGAAGUCUAGAACAGAGGAAGAAGAAGAAACAAACUUGCAAAUAUGCGAAUCUGUAUCAUUAGCAGCGAGGAACCAAGAAAUAAAAUAGUUCAGCUUGCUGUGAUUUGUAAUACACCUUUUGAGUUAAUGUUUUCGAAUUCUGUUUACA